AAUCAGAUUGCAGGAUUACCGUGAGUAAUACAGUGCAUGUUGGAGAUUCAUUUUGAGGUCCGCCCACAUUUGGCCGGAUGUCAUAUUAAAGAGUCGGAGUCACAGGCGUGUCUGAACUGAAAACGUGGUGACAGAGUUAAUCAGGGAACAUUCUGAAUGAACUGAGAGGCAGAGGGAUGGACCAUCCCCUACUGCCAUGACAUGUUUACACAGGUAACGGGCAAGGUAGGAGAGGCAUCUCAAAGUACAUUCAGGCGGAGCCAUAUGAUUGCAGUUGUUUUGUUGACAGACUCGCAUGAACCAGCGCUAGCACUUUAUAGUGAGAAGGCUAGAAUUUUGAGGUCCUUGAAACACCACUUGUUGUGAUUUAUUGUUGGAAAAUGAAGAUUUAACGUUAUUGUUAUAUUCAUGUUUGUUAUCUGUUCAAUAACGUUAAUUCAGUAAUAAAGUUUAUUAUUAAUAUGUGUUUAUUUUCCACAAGGCAAGCACCAUUAUAUGCAGAGCUGGGACCAAGGGGCCAUAGAUAACACGGCACAGCCAUGAGCCAGAUGCAGUCACUCAUGCUGGUGGUCUCUGCAGUCUGUCUCCAUGGCAUUGGCGCAGCAGAAGGUGAGUUCUGUAAAGACUACGGGAUCCAGUUUGAAAGGGUCUACACCGUUCCUGGAAAUGCAGCUGCUCUCAACUGCACGCUGGCAAGUCCUGAUGUCUUCGACGUCCACAGCAACCCCUACAACAUCUCCUGGUAUGAGGGGAGAUCGGGCAGAGAGCUGUCUGGAGGGCUUGGCCGAAUCCGGGACAAGGAGACUAUGCUGUGGUUUCUGAGCAGUAUGUUGGAGGAUUCAGGCCAUUAUGAGUGUGUUCUGAGAACCCCCAGUGCCUGCUUUAAGCAAGUGUCUGUGCUGAUAGUGAAUGCUACCGAACCAGGGGAUUGCAAUCGACCUUACACAGCGGCUCAGAUGCUGACCGUGAUCGCCAACGGUUACCUGGUUUGCCCAUUACUCACCUACAUGGACCACGUUGACAGUUACUACCUCGAGUGGUACAAGGACUGUGAACCGAUUCUGGAAGGUGACAAGUAUGCAUUUGUGGAUAAAAAUGCACUUCUUGUGCGAGAAGUCUCCCCCAGUGAUAAGGGAUAUUACACCUGCAGAAUGAUCUUCAACCUGACUGGGACCAUUGGUUACACAGCUGAGACCAUAGAGUGUCAGAUUAUAGAUAAAUGGAUCCUGCGUCCCUUUGUGUCUGAACCAGCUAAUGACACAAUCAGAACAGAUUAUGGAGCACCCUUUAAUAAAACCUGUCGGGUGUUUGUGCCAAGCAAGGGCCGUCACAGAGUAGACGUAUUCUGGGCUACUGAGGAGGAAUUAAUUUCUCUGGACCCCUCAGACCGUGUUUAUCAGUUAACUCAGAGUAAAAAGAAAGUCCCAGAUGGGGAGUGGCUGGAAGUAUUACUUAAUUUCACAGUGGUGCAGGAGGAGGAUUUUAACACAAACUAUACGUGUUUGGUCUUCAGCGAUAAAGGAAUUCUUAGCAGCUACUUCCAUUUAAGGCCAUCCGAUCCAAAUCUCAUCGUUCCUCUUGUACUUCUGUUCACUGGCUUGGCACUGACCUUCUUAAUCAGUGUCACUGUUUACAGAGUAUUCAAGAUAGACAUUGUUCUGUGGUGUAGAAAUUACUUCCCUUAUCUUUACACAGAUCCAGGGUCUGAUGGGAAGAUUUAUGAUGCGUAUGUGGUGUACCCAAGAAUGUGCUCCGGUGGGUCCACUGGGAGUGCUGAAACGUUCGCCUUGCACACCCUGCCCCAUGUCCUGGAGAGGAACUGUGGGUAUAGGCUCUUCAUCUUUGGCCGCGACAGUUUACCUGGGGAAGCCAUCGUGGACAGCAUCCAGGAGAACAUCAGCAAGAGCCGCAGGCUCCUCCUCCUCUACACGGACUCCACCUUCUCCAAGCCGGAGGCCUCCCUGCUCUUCGAGCAGCAGGUGGGCACGCACAGCGCCCUCGUGGAGGAGACUCUCCAGGUCAUCCUCGUGGAGCUGGAAGAGAUCAGGGAUAGCUCGGUCCUCCCUGAAUCCGUCCUCCACUUGAGGAGGAAGCAGGGGGCCGCACAGUGGUGGAGGGCGCGGGCUAGAGACACGGAGCGCUCUCUGCUUUGCCCGUCCUCCAGAUUCUGGAAGCAGGUGCGCUACCGCAUGCCUGUGAAAAGCAUCCCUGCAUCGUGUUUGGAAAAGAACACAUUAUUGAACUUUUAAAGGCUACUCUUAGGUUUGCAACAGCCCUCCCACCAUCCACCAUGCAGGGGUGCAUGGGAAUCUCCCUGUCCAGAGAAACAAGUAGAGGUGGACCUCGACAAAGGCUGGAUAAAACCUGGGCCGAAACAACAGGCAAAACCCGCACUCAAAACGGAACUGAAAUUUUGAGUGGAAAAUAUUGCCAGACUUCACUGAAUUAAAAGGAAAAGAAAACUACAUUUUCCAGAAGAGCUGUACAGUUUACAAGAAAAAGACUGUGUCAUGUCAGUCAUGCUUUGUGGAAAGGGAAUUGGUGAUGAUGAUGAUGAUGAUGAUAAAUUUGUGUAGCAAUUUGAUAGGUUGGAAGGUACCGGUAAAUGAACAUAAUGUCUGAAUAUUGGUGCAUAUUCCGUAAUAACUGACAGGUGACAAGUGUCAUGCCAUGGUUUCCUUAUCCAUGACUGAAUAAAGGUUACAUCUGCACUAUGUAAUACAUGCAAAGAGGAUAUACUGGGAAGCCACUUAACAGCUCAUUUGAUUGCAGGUAUGACUCAUCAUUGUUUGAUUCAGCAACUCAGUUUUGCUAAUUUUAGAUGUGUUAGCCUUUCUUGUAUCUUUUUCAUCCACCCUACACCUGUUCUGUCACGUCUCAUGUCACAUACUGUAUUUGUUUUACAACUGUUUUGCUUUGUAUUCAAUGUCAAAUUGCAACUGUGGAUGAAAUGUAUGUCAGUAAACAUAACAUUUAAAAUGAAGCACACGAGAACACACAAGGCUGAGAGUUGAUCUGGACACAUUUUUUGAUAAUAGUGUCUACUGUGUGUGUGAUCAUGCCAUUUGUGUCAUAUGUCUUAAUAGUGUUUAUGUCAUGUGUGUGUUGAUAGCGUUUGUGACUUGUGUGUGAUCACAGCUUGGAAGUGUGGAACAUGGCAGAAAGUGUGCUUCAGUAAAUAUAUCUAGCACCUUGCUCAAUGGUAAAACAGCAGUGCCCCUCCUUGGAAUUGAGCAAGCAGCCUAUUGAAAUACUACUCCUCAACCACCUCUCCACAUGUAAGGACUUAGAUGCCAUCUUGUUGAGUCUUGCAAUAGAAACUGAUAAGGGUAAUUCUUUACAGCAGGGCUGCCCACUGAGUACCUGCUAGCAGAAAUACCUAGUAGUCAUCUACUGAGCACUUCUCAACAAAACUGAAAGACCCACGAAGAUAUGUUGAGAUAUACCCAAGAAGGAAAGAAGUGCAUGAAUAUAGUAUUAUAUACCCAUGAAAGGUCGUGUAAACAGGUUGGAAUUAUUUGCUUGCUAAUAAAGGUCGUAUGCUAGGUAAGUGGAAAGAAAGUAUUCCUAAAUAGAUGGGAUUGGGUUUUAGUAUUUACUGAUCAAACAAACCAUGGGUUUCUGAUACGGGCCUCAGCGGUAAACCUCCAAAUUUAAGACUGAAGUGUAAUUUUGAUUGCUUUAUGAAUUUGGUGUUGAGAAUUUAAUUAGAGGGGGAAUAUGAAUAAUAAGCAUUACCACGUCCACCACUGUAUUGACUUUGUGAGCAUGGAGAGUGUCCAACACUUUCUUAUGCAACGGUUUAUUGCGCAUUGAGGGAUAACGUUUCACAUGAAACAUCAAUACCGACUGUAAUGAAAAAAGAAAGACCGCUUGCUGCACCUGUCAACC